CCGGGGCGCUCACCGCACGCCCGCCGACCGCCCCGGCCUCCGGAGCUCGUCUCUGGCCAGCACCCACGCGGCAUCACGGGAUCGAACCCCGCUCCCAGCGGCCGCGAUUCGGGGAGGUAGGCGCUGGGCCGAGGAGAUAAGGGGUUUUGCCAUGUUGCCCAGGCUGGUGUUGAACUCCUGAUCUCAAACCCCUGGGUCAACCUGCCUUGACCUCCCAAAGUGUUGGGAUGACAGACGUGAGCCACCGCACCUGGCAGUGAGCGCCUUCUUAAAGGCUCCUUGCUGGCCUCACCUGAGCCUAGUCCUGGGUGCAGCCGUGUUAAGGAGAGGACGUUCGAGAGGGCGUGGCGAAGUGAAGAGGAACUGCACGCCACUGCCUGGAGCUCCGCCUUAGUCCCGUGGGCCCCACGGAGUGAGCGGCAUGCGGCACCCCCGGGCCUGCCCAGUGUCCUCUGGCCUGCUGCCCUGCAACCCCAGAAGGCCCUGACGCCCUGGGGCACUUCUGCUCUGCACAGGACCACGCGGGGGUUUGCCAUGGUGACAUAAAGGGGCGCGGAGGAAGGAAGGAGCGUGACCAGCCUGUGGACUGCGCCCCUGGCUGGGAGGAAGGACUGGGGGCCCAGAUCCUCCACUCCCAGUGCCCCACAAGGGCCUCGCUUCCUAAGUCUCUGUGAAUUUGUUGGUCAGUGGACGAUUCUCGUGUCUCCUCCUGUGUGGGGCCUUGGGGUAGCCAGGGCACGCCGGGCCUCCAGCGGCCAAGGUCUCGGAGGCCAGGAUGCCUGCCCUGGCAUGCUUCCGGAGGCUGUGUCGGCAUGUAUCCCCGCAGGCUGUCCUUUUCCUGCUGUUCGUCUUCUGCCUGUUCAGCGUUUUCAUCUCGGCCUACUACCUGUAUGGCUGGAAGCGAGGCCUGGAGCCCUCGGCGGAUGCUCCCGAGCCUGACUGCGGGGACCCACCGCCCGUGGCCCCCAGUCGCCUCCUGCCGCUCAAGCCUGUGCAGGCAGCCACCCCUUCCCGCACGGACCCGUUGGUGCUGGUCUUUGUGGAGAGCCUCUACUCGCAACUGGGCCAGGAGGUGGUGGCCAUCCUGGAGUCCAGCCGCUUCAAAUACCGCACAGAGAUUGCGCCGGGCAAGGGUGACAUGCCCACACUCACUGAUAAGGGCCGUGGCCGCUUCGCCCUCAUCAUCUAUGAGAACAUCCUCAAGUAUGUCAACCUGGACGCCUGGAACCGGGAGCUGCUGGACAAGUACUGUGUGGCCUAUGGCGUGGGCAUCAUUGGCUUCUUCAAGGCCAAUGAGAACAGCCUGCUGAGCGCGCAGCUCAAGGGCUUCCCCCUGUUCCUGCACUCAAACCUGGGCCUGAAGGACUGCAGCAUCAACCCCAAGUCCCCGCUGCUCUACGUGACGCGACCUAGCGAGGUGGAGAAGGGUGUGCUCCCCGGCGAGGACUGGACGGUGUUCCAGUCAAAUCACUCCACCUAUGAGCCAGUGCUGCUGGCCAAGACGCGCUCGUCUGAGUCCAUCCCGCACCUGGGCACAGAUGCCGGCCUGCACGCCGCCCUGCACGCCACUGUAGUCCAGGACCUGGGCCUGCACGACGGCAUCCAGCGCGUGCUGUUUGGCAACAACCUGAACUUCUGGCUUCACAAGCUUGUCUUCGUGGACGCCGUGGCCUUCCUCACGGGGAAGCGCCUCUCCCUGCCAUUGGACCGCUACAUCCUGGUGGACAUUGAUGACAUCUUCGUGGGCAAGGAGGGCACACGCAUGAAGGUGGAGGAUGUGAAGGCCCUGUUUGACACACAGAACGAACUACGCGCACACAUCCCAAACUUCACCUUCAACCUGGGCUACUCAGGGAAAUUCUUCCACACAGGUACUGAUGCUGAGGACGCUGGGGAUGAUCUGCUGCUGUCGUAUGUGAAGGAGUUCUGGUGGUUCCCCCACAUGUGGAGCCACAUGCAGCCCCACCUUUUCCACAACCAGUCCGUGUUGGCCGAGCAGAUGGCCUUGAACAAGAAGUUCGCUGUCGAGCAUGGCAUUCCCACAGACAUGGGGUAUGCAGUGGCGCCCCACCACUCGGGCGUGUACCCCGUGCAUGUGCAGCUGUACGAGGCUUGGAAGCAGGUGUGGAGCAUCCGCGUGACCAGCACGGAGGAGUACCCCCACCUGAAGCCAGCCCGCUACCGCCGUGGCUUCAUCCACAAUGGCAUCAUGGUUCUCCCACGGCAGACCUGCGGCCUCUUCACACACACCAUCUUCUACAACGAGUACCCUGGCGGCUCCAGCGAGCUGGACAAGAUCAUCAACGGGGGCGAGCUCUUCCUCACCGUGCUCCUCAAUCCUAUCAGCAUCUUCAUGACGCACCUGUCCAACUAUGGGAAUGACCGCCUGGGCCUGUACACCUUCAAGCACCUGGUGCGCUUCCUGCACUCCUGGACCAACCUCCGGCUGCAGACAUUGCCCCCUGUGCAGUUGGCGCAGAAGUACUUCCAGAUCUUCUCCGAGGAGAAGGACCCGCUCUGGCAGGACCCCUGCGAGGACAAACGUCACAAAGACAUCUGGUCCAAGGAGAAGACGUGUGACCGCUUCCCAAAGCUCCUCAUCAUCGGCCCCCAGAAAACAGGCACCACUGCCCUCUACCUGUUCCUGGGCAUGCACCCUGACCUAAGCAGCAACUACCCCAGCUCUGAGACCUUUGAGGAGAUCCAGUUUUUUAAUGGCCACAACUAUCACAAAGGCAUCGACUGGUACAUGGAAUUCUUCCCCAUCCCUUCCAACACCACCUCCGACUUCUACUUUGAGAAAAGCGCCAACUACUUUGAUUCAGAAGUGGCGCCCCGGCGGGCAGCAGCCCUCUUGCCCAAAGCCAAGGUCCUGACCAUCCUCAUCAACCCCGCGGACCGGGCCUAUUCAUGGUACCAGCACCAGCGAGCCCACGACGACCCAGUGGCCCUAAAGUACACCUUCCAUGAGGUGAUUACGGCCGGCUCCGAUGCAUCCUCAAAGCUUCGUGCCCUCCAGAACCGCUGCCUGGUCCCCGGCUGGUACGCCACCCACAUCGAGCGCUGGCUCAGUGCCUAUCACGCCAACCAGAUUCUGGUCUUAGAUGGCAAACUGCUACGCACAGAACCUGCCAAAGUGAUGGACAUGGUGCAGAAGUUCCUUGGGGUGACCAACACCAUUGACUACCACAAAACCUUGGCGUUUGAUCCAAAGAAAGGAUUUUGGUGCCAACUGCUCGAAGGAGGAAAAACCAAGUGUCUGGGCAAAAGCAAGGGCCGGAAAUAUCCCGAGAUGGACUUGGAUUCCCGAGCCUUCCUGAAGGAUUAUUACCGGGACCACAACAUCGAGCUCUCCAAGCUGCUGUACAAGAUGGGCCAGACACUUCCCACUUGGCUACGAGAGGACCUCCAGAACACCAGGUAGCCUCGGCCACCACAGCCAGACUGAACGUUUGUGACAGCUGGAACGUCCCACCACACGCUGAGCCAGACUGAGCUGCAGAGUGGGAAGCUGGGCCAGGGCAGCUGCGCGCUUAUGAGCAAUACUCUGUGGAGGCCUGGUGGGGCCGGGGGAGCAACCAGGCGGGUCUGCAAGCACCUCGGAGCACCCACUGCUGGGUCUGCGGCCUAUGGGACCUCCCUCGCCAGCAGAGGUCCAUUCCAUUCCCAGCCGCUCCUGGGGAGGCUGCUUCCUGGUAGGAGGGAGUCCAUGAGACUCUUUUCUGUCCCUCACUGUGUUCCGCCAACCGUCCCCUCUCAUCACCCAUCACUCCCUGCUUCCACAGGGCGCCCCUCAGUAUUCGCUGCCAUAUGUCCCUGUCCUCCAGGCUGUAGGGGAGGAGAGCCUGGUGGGGGCAUACAGACUGGACAUUUCCCUGUUUCGAGCCAGGCUCUUCCAAGGGGCCAGCUGGGUCCCCGGAGUCAGUCCUAGGCUGGAUGGGAGGGUGGCCACCUCGAGAGGACUCCCAGCCUCCACAUCUGGUUCCUACCUUCACAUCUCACCCUCCCGUUCUGGGGAAAGAAUCUCUGGUUCCUACAGUAUCCACACCAUCCUCAAGGCUUCCCGCAGGGCGUUGGGGCACUGCCUUGCCAUUGGGCCCAGUUCUCUGGGCCCCACCUGCACCCCUUUCUUCCCCCCUGGGAUAUGACAUGUGUGGUGUUUCCUGUGGUAAAAGACUGAGGCAGGCCAGGGGUCUGCCAGUAACAUGUUCCCAUGUACAGACGCGGUCCCCACACCCUCCCAGCCUCAGGCCCAGGCAGACGUGGGCGAGCUGGUGAGACUGCCGGCCACAGCUUUGCUCAGCCACCUGUGGCCGAGGGCUCUCAGAGACUCCUUUAACCUCCCAAAUACUAAGAAGCUAAAGUAUUUUAAUAUUUUGGUUUUUUUUUUUUUUUGGUGCCAGAGUUUAUACCCUGGGUGCUGGGGUCGCACUGUGUUAUAUAUAUAUAUAAUGUGUAUAUAUAUAUAUAUAUAUUCUAUUUUUUUGGUUGGGUUUGUUUUUAAUUCAGUCUUACAAAAUGGUGGUAAGCCCCAGUCUCAGGGGGCGCCCUGUCUUAGAGCUAGAGAUGAGGUGGCAGGGAGGGAGGCUGUGUCCUCAGUGGCCUGGGGCUGAGCAGACAGUAGGAAGGGGCCCUCCCCAGUGCCGUGGCUGCUCUGGGGCUACCCUAGGUGAACAGAGGUGGUGAGAUGCGCAGGGAAGACCAGCUCUCUCCAGGACAUCGGGCUGUGUGAAGUCCAGUGACCUUGAGGGGAUUUUGGCCAAGGGAAACAGCCAGGGCUGGGCUAGGAGAGCUGGGGUCAAAAGCUGGCCCACCCACUCUCCCUCACAUGGUGCUAGGCUGGGAGCUGCCCUGAGAGCUGGGAUGCCCACCAGGGCCCACAGAACUGUCUCCAUGCCCUUGUAGACAGUGGGAUCUCUGGGCUGAUUUCUGGUUGGGGUCUGCUCCUACCCCACCCCGUUUAACAAUGUGAAGUGACUGAGGCUGGGGUGCCUCUCCCUGGCCCCCUCCAACUGCCAAAUUCUGCUUCCCUCUGAACCCCAGGAAAUACUUUCUGGAGAGCCUUGUCUUGUUCAGAAAACUCUAGCAUCUUGGGGCUGGAAGGUCCUUUGACGGGUAUGAAACAGGGCCAGAAAGGGGAGGUGGCCUGUUGGGCCGACGUCAUGGAGCCAGCUGGCAGCAGGGCUGAGCGUUGAACCCGAGGCUCCCAGUUCCAAGUCCCGUUGUGCUCCUCUUCCAAUGCCACACUGCCUCUGAGCCCAUCCUUGGGACCCUACUCUGUGCCAGGUUCCUGUCCCUUCCUCCGUCACACCAUGGUCAUUCCAGGAUAUGGGGACAAACCACUCCUUCCCAGCCAGGGUGCCUUUGAGCCUUCUCAUUCCGAGGUCUGCGUUUGCAUCCCUGUCGUGUUCUCCCUCAAGGGGUCCUUCCCCAGCCUGUGGGGACCUGGGUCUGUUCUGAGCUGAUUCCCUUUUCUCCAGUUCUCUGCUGGGAUGAAGAAAGUUGGACACUCAGUGGGACCAGCUGCAGGUGGUUUCACUGUGUACACAGCAGUGUCCCCAUCAUGCCUCCCAAUGGGGCCUGCAAGCCUGGGAACCUUGGGCAUCGUUGGGCCAGCAGGAUGAGCAGCAAAGGGUCUGAGGACAGGGUGGCAUGUCUGCUUGUGCACUUAUGAAGACUUGCCCACACCAUGGAGCCAGGGGCUUCUAGAGAGGGGCAGUGACUUCCAGAGUCCCAUCCGUCAGUGAGGGGACUGGGCUGCGGGAUGGGUGAGGAUCUUACAGCUCCCAGGUUCUGAAAUCUACCCUCUGGGCCUGGAGGCCUCUCGCAGAGCCUGGAAGGCAGGAGAGGUGGGCUGGCCUGGGGCAGGAGCUCCACUUCUCUCUGCCUCUGGCUGUGGGAAGGAGCAGGCGGUUGGAAAUCCUGUGACAGCAGAGAUCUUCUGGAUUGUUGCCUGGACCCUUCUGCAAGCCUGGGGACUGGACCUGCCACAUGUUCCAAGUCCUGCCUAGGUCGCUGCUGCCACUUCUCCUCCCACUAACAGACCUUUCUUGAAGACCCACUAGGCCCAGACACUGCCGGGACUUGCAGGUAUGGGGGGUAGGAGAGGCAGAUAAGCUGCCUGAGGGGCUGUUGGCUAAUGGGUACACGGACACCCCCUCCCAAGAAGAGAAAGCCACAGAUGAGUGGGCCAGCAAGGCCAGUCUUCAAUGUCCACCAAUUCACUCUAAUCAUUUGGCCAAAAAAAGGAGAGAGAAAUAGCUGAAAUUGUUCAGGUGGCUCCACCGUCUAUUCUGUGGUCCCCUCCAUGAGCCUUUGCCCCAGGGUGGGUGCAGGUGCUAGUAUCACCUGCAGCUGCCUCAGUCGUUCAGGGUUCCAGAGCCUUCUGUGGUGGAGCAUCCUGCUGCUUGGAGGAUGAGUCUGAAGUUUAAAAAUGGGCCUUUUCUGAGCCCCCCUGAUGAGCAGUCAGUGCUUCUGGACCCAGCUAAGGAAGCCAUCUGUUCCCAGCAGAGGAGAGCUGCUGCGCUGACCUGCAGAGUUUGGUGGUCCCAGCACAGAGCUGUGCCCACGGGCUUGUUAGUGGGAAAGCAAGUACAACAAUGUUUUACCAAACAUUUAAUUAUGAAUGCCCACUCCCCAGCAUCUAGAUAUAAAAUUAUUAACAUUUUGCCACAUUCAUUUUUCUCUCUCUGUGUACAUAUAUGUUCUCUGUCCUAAUUUAAAAGUACAUUGCAAACAUCAUGAAACUUGAUCCCUGAAAGCUUCAGCCUGCAUCUCCUAAGAGUUAGGGCAUUGUCCCACACAUUGGCCCAGUAUCACAGCCAAGACGAGAAGUCAUUUCCCAAUGAUGUCUGCUAUCUAAUCUGUAUUCAAAUCCCCCCAAUUGUCUCCCAGGUAACUUAUGUCUAGUUUUGGAAUCAGCAUCCAGUCACGGUGCACACGUUGCAUUUUCUAACUAUGUUUUUAAAACCUCUUUGAAUGCUGAAAGGUCUUCCCUCGGCUCACUUUGAGUUUUUAAAUGACACUGUUUUUGAGGCCCUAGGCCUGCUGUCUUGUUGAAGCCCCACAUUCUGAAUUUGUCCAAUUGUUUGCUCAUGGUGUCGCAUAACCACUUCUUCUAUCCCCUGUACUUUCAAGGAUAAUUUAGGCUACUUGAGAUUUUGCCUUUUGUGCUGACUUGACAGCUUCACUUCUGCCUAAGAUGCGCCUCCGCUGUCACCUGUACCAAGUGCCAAAACAGCAGAGGGGCCAGUUAGAGCAAGAGCUCUGGGGGGGCCUGGAAAGGCUCCCUAGAGAGGGCCACAAUAUCUGGGCCUCGGAAGGAAGGACACAGGACUCUGGAAGGAAGAGGCUGCAUGCCUGAAGGCUGGGCCUUUGACCCUGGGGAUGGGCCACAGGGCACCAAACACAUCAUAUGUCUCUGUCUUUCUAUUUUGGGGUCCCAGGGUUUUCAUUUCCUGGAGGCCCGUGGUCUGUGUGCACUGGAGCAGAGCCAGGCUCUCGGUUGCAGCAGGGAAAAGCCUACAUGGGGAACUGCCUGCCGAAAGCUGUGGUGUGAGAAGAGCCCUGGCUGGCGGCAGGAGCUGUGAAAUUUCAUCCCAGCCGGGUGCAUUUGGUAACUGCCUGACCAUCUUCCUCCCAGGCCCUCAAUUUCUUCAUCUGUAGAAUGAGCAGAUAGGGGCCACAGCAGGGAUUUUCACACAUCAAAGGAGGCAGCUCUGCUCUAGUUGAUGUGAGGAUGGGUGGUGGGGGGGUGCCUAGACCCCCUGCUGCCCAGGCCCUUGAGGCAAUACUGGGUUCCUGGCUUGACAGCUCUGGGCUGGCUGCCCUUGCCAGCUCAGACGGCUGGAGAGUUUUCAGCUUCCCCAAGGGAUGGGCAUAGGGUUUUGUGGGGUCAAUGCCAGGAACCUGGGGGUAACUGGCUGUGUUUUAUCCUAAGAAGUUCAUCCCUCCUGCUCUCCCUCUUUCUGGCCCUGGAGGAGAAUGAGGGAGGAGAGGGUUUUCUAUGACCGUGUUAGCUUUUAUUAUUAGCAAGAGGGCUCCUUUUGUAAUUUGUGCAUGAAAUUCAUGUCAUUUCCUGGGAGAGGAGAGGGCUGACUGGAGAGGGUGGGGGGCACAUUGGGGGAGCAGGCAGAGAUUUCCUUCCCUUGUAGGGGGGUGGGGAGAGUGGGUGCUACCCAGUUUGCCUGAUGAGCGCUCUCAAACCAGCCGUUUUGGGUUGUGUUAAAGGUGAGACCUUCCUCCAUUAAUGUACAAUCUCGAACUAACUGCUAAUAAAGUGGGGUUCUGUUUGUA